CGCAAUGUCAUUGUCGAACGCGCAUAAUACUGCAACACAGAUAGUGGCGUUAUUUCAUAACAAGUACAAUAUUAGUGUUGUGAUCAUUAUUUAAAUGAUGUAGAUUGUAGAUGUAGGGUACACAUAGUGUAAACGAAAACACUGGUCAUUAACUACAUAUUACCAUUGAUUAUAAAUACUAGUACUAGUAUUUAUAAUCAAUGAUAUUACUCAUUCCACUCGUUAUCUUCUGCUAUCGCUUUCACCGUUCCCAGUGCAUAAUGAUGACAUGACAAUCUACAGGUACCGUAUUCGUACAAGAACGGGAUAUAGUUUCAUCAAUAUAUACGAUAUUGCUGUUUGAUCGACAACAAUUAUAUGGCGAGGGCCAAAAUGAACGAGGACUCCAGAACGAUGUAUUUGGCUCGAGCGUUGUAUGACGCAGUCGAAGAUUGCAAUGUACAGCAAGUUAACACUUUAUUAUCGCAAAAUAAAGCCAAUCCUAAUGUUCUAAUACCGGAUGAAGGGAUGACAGCAUUUCACUUAGCUGCAGGACAUGAAAAUCUGGCAUUUGGAAAAGUUGUAACUUCAUUAUUUUUACAUAAUGGUGGUAAUCCAAAUGUACGUUGUGAUGGAAACCGUACUGUUCUACAUAUUGCUGUUGCAUGGAAUCGUUCAUCGGUUGUUGAAAUCUUACUUAAAAGUCCUUACAUUGUUCCUGAUCUCUUUAUUAAAGAUGAUGACAACCUCAAUGUAUUCAAUUAUGCUGUAAAAUUUAAUGCCUGGGAAUCACUUGCAACUCUCCAAUCUCAUAUAAAGCAAUCAUACCACACAAAUAAUUCAACCAACCAAAUCUGUAAGCCAGUGCAACCAAUACCUGUAAAACAAGAAGACAUUUUUACCAAAGAACAAAAUAAUGAAAAAUCUAUUGAUAAUAACACAACAUUUAAUAAAUCUGAUAAAUUACAUACAAGCAGUGGAUAUUUUAAUAGUGGUGAAAGCUUAAAUAGUACUUCCAAUUCAAAGAAGAGUAAUUUAGUCGAUGAAAAAAAAAAUCUUUCUUGUGAAUCAAUAUUAUCAUCAGUAUCUUCAACUGAUAACUCAUUAGAAGAUAUUUUAAACAGAAAUAUUUCAUCAGAUUAUGAGAACUCUGAACUUGAUGACAUCCCAUCAAGUAUUUAUGCUGAUAGAUCCUUGAAUUCAUUGGAAUGUGUAAAUAAUGGGUUUGAAAGUAUAGAAAAUAUUAGUUUUCCUUCUAACAAUCUACUUACGGAUUCUGAAUCAUUAUUUGAAUCACAAAAAGUUGUAUUAACUACUAAAAAUAAUUAUAAUCAGUCGAAAGAUAUAUCUUUAAGUAACAGCGAAUGGAUGACAGAUAUUUCUGAAUUAUCUAACUGGCACAGUAGUGAUGAUUUUUUAACCUGUCCAGAUACAAAUUCGGAACAGUAUCUAACUAAUUCAAACUAUAGAAAUGAUAUAACUGAUAAUAAAUUAGAAGAUAUUACAUAUAAAACAUGUGACUCAAAAAGCCAGUCUAUUUCUAAAAUAUCUACAGGAAUUGAUAAUUUAAGAAUUUCAGAUCAUUAUAUUGACUCUGCAGAUGAGAGCAGUGAUAGUUUAACUGAAUUUACAGAAGAUUAUGACACAGAUUAUGUACGUCAAAGUCUAAGGAAGUAUGGUGUACCUCCAGGACCUAUAGUUCCUAGUACUAAGCAUCUUUAUGUACGAAAAUUAAAUAGAAUUGUUAAAAAUCAAGCUGCUUUUAAGAAUGACAGUAAGAUCAAUAAUACUUCAACUGUGUGUUCAUAUAGUAGUCAAUUAACUAAAGUAUUAACUUCUGAUGAGUCCUGGAAAAGAACUAUUUUGAGUUGGAGUACUUUGGAAGAGAAUAUUAUUUUUAAUAAAAAUGGUUCGUCGUUUACAUAUUUAUUAUUAGAUCCACGAAUUUCAAAAAAUUUACCUGCUCGAGCUAACAAAAUCAAAAAUCCAAUCGAGAUAUGGCAGACAUUUAUUAGUUCAAUAUUUUAUAUUGGUAAAGGUACUAAAUCUAGACCAAAUGAUCAUAUGAACGAAGCUUUUAAUUUUUGGAUUGAAAAAAAUAAUAAAGAAAAAAGUCGAAAAGUAGAAUAUAUCUUGAGUCUAUGGAAGGAACAUUUGGGAGUAGUUUGUGUACAAGCAUUCCAUCAUUUGAUUAUGAAAGAAGCACAUAUUCGAGAGGCAGCUAUGAUUGAUGCAAUUGGAUUGGAUGCACUAACAAAUGAAAAGCGUGGUACAUACUAUGAAAUUACUGCACGGUGGAGAAAUAGUGAUCGUUGCAAGCUAGGUUGCUAUCUCUUAUACCGUGCCAUGCUUGUUUUUUUGGCAGAUGGAGAACGCCAAUUGAAACCGAUAGAUUUGACUUAAACUUUGAUACAAAAAUGUAUUUCCCAUAUAUAAGUUUUUUUAGUUUAAUGACUACUGUAAUUAUACAACUUUAGUUUAUUA